AUGAAGGUUGUUAGAGAUUGGGUUUUUGGUCAGUUAAUGUCCAAGUCUUUGGCUUCAACUAGACCUAUGUCAGGUAGUGGCGGUUUCUUUAGUGAGGAGCGUGUUAAUGAAGAAUCUGAUGACCCAGCUCACAUGGCCCAGUUAGAGUCUUCAUCACCAACUUCUGAUAUUUCACACUCUUCUAACAGCAAUCAGGAAACUGGGUCUCCUCAAUCUCUGCAGGAAGUGGCAGAAGAUUCUUACCAGUCAAAUCGUGGGGUUGAGGUAAAGAAAGCUGACCCAUUGACCAGGAUUGAGGAUCUUCGAAUUAACUUCUUCCGUCUUCUUCUAAGGUUUGGGCAUUCACAUGACAAUCUUCUGGUGGCAAAGGUUUUACAUAGAUUGCACCUGGCAGCUGCAAUACGAGCAGGGGAAUCAAAUUUGGAAAGAGUUAAAGUUGAUAGAGCUAGAGCUGUAGCAGCAAAACAAGAGGCAUCUGGAAUACCCGAAUUGAACUUCUCUCUUAGAAUACUUGUGUUGGGUAAAACAGGGGUUGGAAAGAGUGCAACUAUAAAUUCUGUAUUUGAUCAAACAAAGGCUCUGACUGAUGCGUUUCGACCAGCCACUAAUCGCAUCCAAGAGGUUGUGGGGUCUAUCAAUGGGGUCAAAGUAACAUUUAUUGACACCCCUGGUUUUUUACCUUCUUCUACAAGUAAUUUGAGAAGAAAUAGGAAGAUUAUGCUUUCUGUUCAGAGAUUCAUUAGAAAAUCACCACCAGACUUUGUUCUAUUCUUCGAACGCCUUGACCUCAUCAACAUGAAUUACAGUGACUUCCCCCUUCUGAAGCUUAUGACUGAAGUCUUUGGCAAUGCCUUUUGGUUUAACACCAUCCUUGUCAUGACUCAUGGUUCCUCAACUCCUGAAGGGCCUAGUGGAUAUCCUAUUAGCUAUGAAUCAUAUGUGACUCAAUGCACAGAUUUGAUGCAACAUUAUAUAAAUAAGGCGGUGUCCGACUCAAAACUUGAAAACCCAGUAGUUUCAGUGGAGAACAAUCCUCACUGUAAGAAGAACUUCAUGGGGGAAAGUGUUCUUCCCAAUGGACAAGUAUGGAAAUCUCAUUUCUUAUUAUUAUGCCUAUGUACCAAAGUUCUUGGUGAUGCCAAUACCCUCUUGGAAUUCAAAGGCAGCAUUGGAUUGGGGCCAUUGAUUACCCCUCGGGUGCCUUCUCUGCCCCAUCUUCUCUCAUCUAGUCUAAAGCAUCGCUCUAUAACAAACCGGAGUGAAGGGGAACAAGAUGUUGAUGAGAUUUUACUUUCAGAUGCAGAUGAGGAAGAUGACUAUGAUCAACUACCUCCAAUCCGAAUCCUGACAAAAUCACAGUUUGACAAGUUGACUAAAUCACAGAAAAAAGACUACCUUGACGAGCUGGAUUAUCGGGAAACACUAUAUUUGAAAAAACAGUUAAAAGAAGAUUCUCGGAGGCAGAGGGAGAGGAGGCUUUCCGACGAGGAAAAUUUUGGAGAGGAUGAUAAUUCUGAUCACCAGCAGGCCUCUCCUGAGGCCGUUUUGUUGCCUGAUAUGGCAGUCCCUCCAAGUUUUGACUCAGAUUGCACCUUACACAGGUAUCAGUGCCUUGUCACAAGUGACCAGUGGCUUGUGAGACCUGUUCUUGAUCCUCACGGAUGGGAUCAUGAUGUGGGCUUUGAUGGUGUGAGCUUGGAGACAGCUAUAGAAAUAAGACGGAAUGUCUAUGCCUCAAUCACAGGACAGAUGAACAAGGACAAGCAGGAUUUCAGUAUUCAGUCUAAGUGUGCUGCAGCUUAUGCAGAUCCUAGGGGCCGAACUUAUUCUGUAGGUCUUGAUGUUCAGUCUUCUGGCAAAAGUAUGAUCUAUACAGUUCAUAGCAACACAAAGGUGAAGAAUCUGAAGCACAAUGUCACUGAAUGUGGGGUUUCCUUGACAUCCUUUGGGAACAAGUACUAUGUUGGUACCAAGCUUGAAGACACCCUAUUGGUUGGGAAGCGACUCAAGUUCGUUUUGAAUGCUGGCCAAAUGAGGGGCCUUGAACAAGUGGCAUACGGUGGAACUUUUGAGGCGACGUUACGAGGGGGAGACUACCCUGUGAGGGAUGAUAGAAUCAGUCUGUCAAUGUCAGCCCUCUCCUUUAAGAAGGAGAUGGUGCUGGGCGGAGGUUUUCAGUCUGAGUUUAGACCAAUCCGAGGCAUGAGAAUGGCUGUUAAUGCCAAUUUAAAUAGCCAGAACAUGGGACAAGUUAAUAUAAAGAUUAGCAGCUCUGAGCACAUUGAAAUUGCUCUCAUUGCUGUUUUCUCUAUUGUCAAGGCCGUUUUGCAUAAGAAAGUGACUGACAACAAAAGCAGGGAAGUAUUGGAGAUGCGAUGA